AUGUGGGAUAAGAAGGAUUGUGGGGAAGAGGAGUUGGAAUGUGAGCGAUUGUUCGCGAGGCAUGUGGACAAACAUAAAAUGCUCAUGAGGAUCGAUGAUGCACGGAAGACCGAGACUGCCGAAGAAGCCGAUACAAAAGUAACAACAGCAGAAAAACGCUCCGAAAGACGCACAAAAGAAUUGAAGAAAGACUCAAAUCCGGCCGAUGAUGCGUGGAAGACCAAGACUGCCGAGGAAACGGAUACAAAAGUGACAACAGCAGAAAAACGCUCCGAAAGACGCACAAGACAACCAAAGAAAAGCUCAAAUCCGUCCGAUGAUGCGCGAAAGAACGAGACUACUGAGGAAGCCGAUACAAAAGUGACAACAACAGACAGUAUGAGGUCAGUGAUCAUUCAACCUGGGUAUGGGCGGAACUUCCCGAAAUGGCUUUUGCAGAAAAUGGAUUUCGAGUUGGAAUGUGAAGCCCGGAAAUAUCCUACCAUAAAACUCACUCGAACGAUGCUAGUUUUGAGUUCAAAAGGUAGCGCUCUCGAAAAGUUUGAUCUUGGUGACUGGGUUUACGCAUUAAACGAUGUGACGUUGCGCAAUAAGCAACAAUACUUCUCAAUGCUCAAAAAAUUCAUCAGAAAGAAUGAACCGUAUAAGUUGAAGUUCACAAUCUAUCGAACUGUGAAAACGAUAAAAAUUGCAAACGUUAACUUAUCACCAUUCAUACCGCAAGCAACCGAAAUGCAAAGUGGCUAUAGUUACUUACUCGGCUAUAUCACAAUGUAUCCAGGCUCAUCGCUUGGCAUCAAUAUCAAAUCCUAUAAUUACAAGGUCUGCAUCGUAAUCGAAAGAGCUGAUAGUCCAAGAGCCAUUCAACAAGUCAAAGUGGCAUUAGCGGCUGAAAAAACGCGCGAUAUAGAUCCGCGAAUGCCAGACGAUGUGAUCGAUCUCUGUAAAACUGAACUGAAUCGAAUGAGUCUACAGAAAACUUUUCAUCCCAUAUCAAUAUAUAGAUCAGGAAAUUUAUUACAAAGAUGCUUCACUCGGAGAGGUCGCGAAGGCGUUCGAAUGGCAGCAGGUUCAGUAGAAACCGGAAUAGGAAUGGAUCCUAUAAACCCGAUUCUUCUACAACAUGUUCCACCUCCACCUGGACCACGACCUAACGUACCGAUCAUACAUCCUGAGUCAGCUAAUUCAUUAACGAAAAACCUGAAAGCUUCAGCUGCGGCGAAGAGACGGAAAAGUUCUCCGAUGAAAAAGGCGGCAGCAGGAUCACAUUUCAGUAGAACAGUAGUUCAUCGUUAA